ACCCCAUCAGCUGUUCAGAAGAUAAAACAGCUUCUCAAAGAUAAACCUGAGCAUGUAGGCGUGAAAGUAGGUGUUCGUACAAGAGGAUGCAAUGGACUUUCUUACACGUUAGAAUAUACAAAAUCAAAAGGAGACUCUGAUGAAGAAGUAGUUCAAGACGGGGUUAGAGUGUUUAUUGAGAAGAAGGCACAGCUGACACUUCUAGGAACUGAAAUGGACUAUGUGGAAGACAAACUGUCCAGUGAAUUUGUCUUCAAUAAUCCAAACAUCAAAGGAACGUGUGGCUGUGGAGAAAGCUUUAACAUCUGAAAUCUCUGGACUACUUCUUUGACUUUGAAACACCUCAAAACACCUACUAUUAUGGCUUUCAGAAGCAAAUGCAUUUCCUUCAGGUUUAUAGGCUGUGUAAAGUGUGGAUACCAUUAAGAAAAAUAAAUUGUUUUGAAAAUGCAAACUGUGUGUUAAAUUCCACCACUGAUGUAAUUAUGCUGUAAUUUGUCAUGAACUGGGAUCCAAAAGGUAAGAACAGUAACUGAAGUAGUAACAUCUCUAUACUUUCACAUGCCAAGGAAAUAAAACCUCACUGUUCUUUUGUCAUUUUCUUUGUCCACUCCAUUCACAAUUUCCCAUCCAAAACCCAUUUGAAAGAAUAUAUUGCCUGUGUGUUCUGCUUUGAUGGGGGG